UUCCUCAGUAAAGUAUGUGGGAGCUUCCGUUCUCAUUUACACGGUUGCACACUUGGAAGCACCACGAAGUUAAGAUCGUUAAUGUUCGUAUCUAUUGUUUGAAAAUAUGCAAUUAGGAUCUCACUUGCAUGCUCUCGAGUUAUUAUUCGAUUAUGUAAUCAGUUUGUGAUUUGAUUGUGAUGUGGACGGACGUCUCUACGCACGUGUGAAGAUUUAUAACGGGAUAUUUUUUGUGUGUCCUUUUUUUUUUGUUGUUGUGGAGCAAAACUGUUUUUUAAUAAAGUUGAAUAUGCCUCUACCAAAAAGAAAUAAACAGCCAAUCCCGCAGAAUUCCCAAGAUGACAAAAUUCUGCAAAAGUUAAACGAUAUUUAUGAAAAUGUCCAAGAGGCUUUUGAACUUAAUGGGAGUGAAAUAUCUAAUUUAAACCACAACGUAAAAAUGCUUCAAGACUUGGUUUCCAAUCAAAAUGAGGCGAUAUCGGCCCUUCGAACUGAAAUUAGUAAACUUAAAGCAUGUUCUGAGAAUCAAUAUCUCAUAAUUACUGCACUACUAUCAGAAAUCAACGUUAUAUUGAAAACCCACCUAACCCCAGGACUUGAAAAACAGAAGUAUAAAGAAUUGUUUCCAAUAAGAACACAGGAGGAACUCGAAGCUGUUGAAAAUGAAAUAAACAAUGAAAAUGUUGGAUUAAUGAUUGCGACCAUAAAAAGUAUUUUAGGCUCUGGGAAACUACAAAGUAACUUUAGGGAACUAAUUGAUAUGCCUUUACUGUUGGAGUAUAACGUAUUUGGUCUGCAAGGCCUAAAACGAUUACCUAAUUAUGAAAAGUUUACUGGCGCCAUAUAUCGUAAGUUUAGUUGAAUUGUGUCUGACUGCAUUUAUUAUUUGUUUCACAGAUGCUGUAGGUUCGGAAUUUGCCACCAAUAAGGAAUUCUUUAAACAUUUGAGCAAGGCCGUUCGACUCGUGAAAAACCUUUACUAUAAAAACAAUUCAAGCAAAAAGAAGCAAAAUAAUGAAGAUAUCGAGGGAGAAAUAUAAACUUAUAUCGAUUUAUCGAAUUUUUAGAAUUAUAUAACAAGUUCCUACCAUAUUCUGUACCUCACUAAUUAUAUAAUAUGAAUUUUAAUGUUUUUUCUUGUACAAAGAAAUUGUUUUUGAAGUAAUAAAAUUUAUAUUUUUUUAAUUUUAAACUCUGUUUUAUUUAUGGAUGAAAAGGGUGUGCUUCGGCAUUGUCUUUCUUUCUGCGCAUUUAACGGCGCUGUAAAAAGAAAAACCUUUCCUCGAUGUUGCUUAAUAAACGCAUUUUUCUGCAAGGAAUUCACUCUUUCCGUGGCGGGCUUUCGUUUGCGCUGUUCAGGAUAAAUAAAGGAUGCGCAUUUUCGCGGGACAUUUCUUUAUAUUUUCACCAGUGAAUUCUGCGCUAUAGCUAGCGCUACCAUGUCUAAUGUAGAAAAUCUUCGUUUACAACAGUGAGGAAUUUUCCUUGGGUUUUUUGCUGGGUCUUAAAUGUACUUCAAUUGUUUAAUGCUAAAAUUGACAAUGACUCACUCUAGAUGUGUUACAGAAACAUGUGCAACCCCCAUUUUCUACAUUAGACAUGGUAGCGCUAGCUAUA